AUGUCCGGCAUCCCUCCGCGCCCACGGGAGCCCUCGCCGACUGAUAAGCUCGAGGCACCGGUAGAAGGGGGAUCUUUGGAGGAUUUUAACAAGGACAGCGUGACGGUGAUUGUGUCGCCGCCUGGUCAGCCUCAAGGCGUGCCGUUGCCUGAUAGCGCAAGGCCUGGGUAUAGUUCAGUCUAUCGCAAUGCUGCCUUUGUCGACAGGUUGAUUCAGACUCCGCACCCAGAUAUCCGUACGCAGUAUGACGCCUUCCAAUACUCCGUCUCCCACUUUGGCUCCCGCAACAUGCUCGGCCAUCGCGUGCUCGUUGAUCCUGCGCGCGACCUGUGGUCGCCGUACAUCUGGCAGACAUACGACACCAUCGCCGAGCGCAGAACAAAUUGUGGCUCGGGCCUGUGUUAUCUGAACGAACACGUUGCGAAAAACGCAAAGGACACGCAGUACGCGCUCACGCUCUUCUCGCAGAACAGACCGGAGUGGAUUAUCACUGAUUUGGCGUGCCACGCGUAUAACCUUAUCGUCGUGCCUUUAUAUGACAAUCUUGGCCCUGAUUCGAGUGAGUUUAUCAUCAACUCUGUCGAGUCUCCGAUUCUGGUAGCAUCGUUGGAGCACCUCCCAAAGAUCCUCGCAAUUUCCCACAAGCUCCCACAUCUAAAAGUCAUCAUCUCGAUGGACGACCUCAAAUCCGAGACCGAUCUCCCCAAACAAAGCAAGGACGAUAUACUACGCGCCUGGGCGGCCGAAAAAGGCGUCGCGCUUUACACGAUGGCCGAGGUCGAGGAGCUCGGAAAAAAGUUUCCCCGUGCGCAUAGCCCGCCUGUGCCGUCGGAUAUUCUGACAAUUAAUUAUACGUCGGGCACGACUUCUGCUCCAAAGGGAGUCGUUCUAACUCACGCCAACUUCGUCGGCGCGCUCGCGCUGGGCUUCAUGCAUCUUCCCAGAUCAGGCAUGGAAAUCAUCGACACCGUGCUCUCGUAUCUCCCGCUAGCCCACAUCUACGAGCGCGCGACGCUCGGAAUCGGUAUGUGCGCCGGCGGUCAGAUUGCGUUUUUCCGCGGCAACGUGCAGCGUAUUCUCGAAGACCUGCGCGAGGCGCACCCGACGACGUUCACCUCCGUGCCGCGCAUGCUCACGCGGUUCGAGACCGGGAUCAAGGAGAAGACUGUGCAUGCGACCGGGUGGAGGUCUAAUAUUGCUCGCUACGGAUUGGCGGUCAAGCUCAAGCAGCUCGAGGACGGGCUUGGUCCUAACCACGCGCUUUGGGAUCGGUUGAUUUCAAAGAAAGUGAGGGCGAACGCGGGGUUGGAGCGGGUUGGGAGUAUCGUGUCUGGUUCGGCGCCGCUCACGCAUGACACGCAUCAGUUUUUGAGAGCGGCGUUUGGGCUUACGGUGGUGCAAGGCUACGGACUUUCAGAGACGCAUGCUGCGUGCUGCGUUCAGCAGGCCGGGGAUUAUAGUACCGAGAACUGUGGUCCUCCAGCUGCCACAGCUGAGGUGUGCCUGCGCGACGUUCCUGAUCUCAACUACUUGUCGACCGACAAGCCGUUCCCGCGCGGCGAGCUUCUGAUCCGCAGCACGACGCUGUUCAGGGAAUACUACAAGGACCCCGAGCGCACGUCGCAAGCCAUCGACGCCGACGGCUGGUUCCACACCGGCGACGUCGCGCAGAUCGACGACAUGGGCCGCAUCGCCAUCAUCGACCGCGUCAAGAACUUCUUCAAGCUCUCGCAAGGCGAGUACGUCGCGCCCGAGCUGAUUGAGAACCGCUACCUCGCAGGCUGCCCGCUCGUCCAGACGCUCUUUGUCCACGGCGACUCCGUGCAGCCGUACCUUGUCGCCAUCGCCGCCAUCCAGCCGCUUUCCUUCGCGCCGUUUGCGAGCGAAAUUCUCGGCACCGAACUUGAGAAAGCGGCAAAGGAGGCGAAGUUUCAGGGCUACGAGCGCGUGCGCAACCUGAGGCUCUUUGUCGAUCCGUUCACGAUCGAGAACGAUGUGCUGACACCGACGUUGAAGUUGAAGCGCGCGAGCGCGGUGACGGUGUUUAGGAGUACGAUCGAGGAGAUGUAUAAGCAGGGGGAUAUCACGCGACAGAUUGUUGCGUGA